AUGCGACCUUCUUCCGCUGCCCGUCAACCGACGGCAGCGGGCGCACGACCAAAGAGCCGCAAACUCAAAGACCAGCCAGCCAACAUCGAUGCGACAAAUGCGCCAGGUAACGUUUUUUACCAUACUUUGUUUACUUUUAGGGAGAAAAACUAUAAUGUAAAUAGUCGCGUUUGAUAAGAAUGUUUAGAGAGUAAAAAAAUUAUUUACUUUUUGAGUUGAAAACAGCUGAUGGAUUGAUAUGAAUGAUGAGAUAGAAGCUAAAAAAAGUUCUGAACAUCUUUGGAAUGUUGUUUCAGCAAAACAUAGACUAGAUUUUAGCCAAAUAUUAAAGGAAACGAAAGAAUAGAAACAACACCUUCCGAAAACAAUGAGAAUCCACUCUCAAUCUAAAAAUUAUAUAAAUCAAGAAAGAAUAAGCUUUAUAGGUCCUGUAGAACACCUUUCUCAUCCCAUACAACAAAAAAAAUACUAAAAAAACACAUAAUCUUCAUGUCUUAAUUUUUAACCACAAAUUAUUGAAACAGCCAAAAACGUUUUUAUACCCAAAAAAACAAGUAGAAAAACAUCAAUUUUUGUCUAAAGUACGCCAGACCUUUAUCAACAAGCUCAACGACUAUCAGAUAUCAACUGUUAGCUUAAUCUUUCCAAAACGACAAUCGAAUAUCUAAACAAACAAAAACAGAAAGAAAACAACUUACAAAACCGUUCUGAACCUCACAUUCACUUCCUGAUCAUAGAGUUUCAAGUCUUGAUUAGUUUUCUGAUGAAAUAAGUUCCUAAACUUGCCUUCCACACAAAAUUAUCAAUAUAUUAUCCUAAACACACCUCAACGAGCAAAUUUGUUAGCUUUUCACAUUUUUUUCGAAGCUAAGACAACAUAUUACUUUCAAACACCAUUCCGCACAAAAAUACCUGAAUUUCCUUACAUAAACCUCAUUGAAAACAAUAUCUAACUUCUUACAACACCUAAAACACUAUAUUACUUCAGAUGAGGUUGAAGAACUCAACUUUCGAGUCAAAGAUCGCCAAAACCCAGUGGGACCACGGGGAUUCUUGGAUACGAUCAGAGAAAGCGUUGUGACACGCGGUGCCGACAAAACAAUUGACGUCAAGGAGACGCUCAAACGUCCACUAACAGGUAAAUAACCUAAUGUCUCUUUGACCGUUAUAUCAAACAGCGAAACAGCAAUCUUUUUAGUGUUUUGCCUCAAUAUUUGAUUAAAAUAGCUCAUGAUAAUUAAGUAAAUCAUGUUUUUAAACGUAAAAAGUUAAUUUGAACUUACUAAAUUAAUUGAUCACACAAGUUACAAUUCUAACAAGAAAAAAGGAAAAAACCACGACAAAAAAAAUAAAUUUUGGGAAUUUUGUUAAUUUAUUUGAGUCCCGCCACGAAAACACUCUUGGCAUUCUGUUUUUCUUGCAAAAUAAUAUAAUUUUAGAAAUUUAUCAGGCUUUUUGAUCAAGGUAACUCAAGAUAUUUGCUAAAAUGCCAAUUUUUGUUUUAAUAAUAUAAGUAAUAAUUGAGUUAGAUGAAUCUAAAUGCAAAGGUUGACAUUCCUUAGUGUUAUAUAUUAAUGUAGGCUUAUUUCGCCGCCGGGUACCAGCUCAACCGGCUACUUCUAGCACAGCGCAACUUUCAAAUCAACCAAAUCAAAAUAUUCCGGAGGAUAGGAUUAGCAUCGAUGCAGGUAGGUCUUUUAAUUUAGUUUAUUUUGUGUUUAGACCAGCUUUUCUUAAUGUUCGUUUGUUAACUGAUUUGCUUCAUUUCAGAACCUGAUUCACCAGAAAUCAUUCGAACUGCUCCAAGACAGAACUCUGAGACACUGUCCAUGUUAAAUUUGAAAGCUGUUAAUGGAUUGGGACUUGAUAUUACCGAAUUCAACUCGGUCGACUUUGGAAAGUUUGAAGAUAUAGGUAUGUGACUUUAUUUUUGAUUAUUUGGUGUUUAGGUUUAAGGAUUUUGUCAAGAAGCUUGACAUUUACUUGAAGGAAGGUUUCAAGCAGGGUUUGGUAUAAAAAUCAUAGGAAAUUAAAUCUAUUUUAAUCAAGACGUACGGUAUUGUUUUAGGUAUCAUGAGAAAAAGAAAAACCUUUGAAACUUUCUUACUUUUAAGCUUUUUAUCUUUAUGUUGGCCGGAAAUGUUGAUAAAAUAUUAUAAUGAGCCACCUUUUCAGAUGUGUCAUUUCUGGCCCGAUUAGUUUGCUUCGAGUCUGAUGUUAUUGAUGAGGAAGAAGCUUGGACUUGGGAUUCCCUCUUUGCCGCGGUUUCAACCGAAAUUCGGGAAGACAUGAUGAACAAUGACGAAUCAGAUGAAGAUGAAACUCCGCCACAAACUUUUGGACAUUAA